ACACGUCAGCAGCAGCUCUGACUUGAAGGCUGCUCAGCCAAUCAGCACACAGCUGGUCAACUGUGUCAUCAGCCUGAGAUUGAGGAAGGGUUCUCUCUCUCUCUUUUUCUCUCUCUAACCCUCUCUCUCUCUGAUGCGGGGAGCAGCGCCGUGCCGUGUGAGUGUGUGUGUGAGCGUGUUGCUGAGAGAUGAUGAAACAUCCGCGUCAGUGAGCCGUUGGGAAGCUUCUCCCUGCCUGAGGAUGUGAGAGAAUUGGAGGCUGAACGAGGGAUCCACUCCAUCCUGCAGGCUGAGCCGUCUGCACAGGCCUGCUUUCCCUCUUUCUCUCUCUCUCCAUCCUCUCUUUCUUGUGAGGCUUCUCUCACCCGUUUUCUCUUCUUGUUCUUCCUCUGUGUAGCAAGGGGAUCGUCAUCCCCCCAUCGAGUCUUUUUUUUGUGGUGGUGGCUCCCUCCUUCUCUUCCUCCUCCUCCUCCUCCCCCUCUCUCUCCAUCUCCACCACCACCUCCUCCUCUCUUUUUUCUCUAUUCUUCAAGAGGACCUCUUUGGAAUAGCAAACCUCCAUGUAUGACAAUUUGUACCUGCAUGGAUUUGAAGACUCGGAGGCGGGUUCAGCUGAUUCCUACACUAGCAAGCCGUCUGAUUCAGAUGUGUCAUUGGAGGAGGAGAGGCCGGAGGGGGGUAGUCAGGGCCGGCAGGAGCGAGAACAACAGGCUGCACUGCAGCUGGAGAGGGCAAAGGCCAAAGCGGUUGCCUUUGCCGUGAAAACAAAUGUCAGUUACUGUGGUGCGCUGGAUGAAGAUGUGCCUGUGCCAGGAACUGCCAUCUCAUUUGAUGCGAAAGACUUCCUGCACAUCAAAGAGAAGUUUAAUAAUGACUGGUGGAUUGGGAGGCUGGUGAAAGAAGGCUGUGAGAUUGGUUUUAUCCCCAGUCCCCUAAAGCUGGAGAAUAUCAGAGCACAGCUGGAACAGAAGAAAAGCCGUGUACAAGGUAAGUCCAGUGGAAGCUCCUCCUCCAGUUUGGGGGAUGUGAUGUCUUCCCUUCUUUUUCCUCUUUUUACAGGCAAGCAGAAACAGAAAGUGACUGAACAUGUGACUCCCUAUGAUGUUGUGCCUUCCAUGAGGCCUGUGGUGCUGGUUGGUCCAUCGCUGAAAGGAUAUGAGGUCACUGAUAUGAUGCAGAAAGCUCUUUUUGACUUCUUGAAACACCGGUUUGAUGGCAGGAUAACUAUCACGCGUGUGACGGCAGAUAUCUCACUGGCGAAGAGAUCAGUGCUUAACAAUCCCAGCAAGAGAGCCAUUAUUGAGCGCUCAAAUACCAGAUCCAGCCUUGCUGAGGUACAGAGUGAGAUUGAGCGGAUAUUUGAACUCGCUCGCUCGCUCCAGCUGGUUGUGUUGGACGCAGACACCAUCAACCAUCCUGCUCAGCUGCUGAAGACUUCACUAGCACCCAUUAUCGUCCAUGUCAAAGUGUCCUCGCCAAAGGUCCUCCAGCGGCUCAUCAAAUCUAGAGGAAAGUCACAGAGUAAACACCUCAAUGUACAGCUCGUAGCCGCAGACAAACUAGCACAGUGUCCUCCGGAGAUGUUUGACAUCAUCUUGGAUGAGAAUCAAUUGGAAGACGCAUGUGAACACCUGGCUGAGUAUCUUGAGGCAUACUGGAAAGCAACCCACACCUCCAGCAGUACCCCACUCAACCCUCUGCUGGGCAGCAACCUCGGCCCCGCUGCCUUGGCCCCUUACACUACGUCUGCGAUAUCUGGCUUGCAGAACCAACAGGGGCAAAAAACACGGCAUGCCAACCACACCGGGGACCACUCCACCCCCAACGAACGGCGCAACCUGAUGACCUCAGACGAGAACUACCACAACGAACGAGCGCACAAGGGACGGAAUCGGGGCUCUUCUGGCUCACAGCAUGGAGGCAGUGGUCGAGACCAAUACUACAUGGAAGAGCAGCAGGGCUACCAGGACCCCUACCAGGACACCUACAAGCCCCACCGCAACCGCAGUUCCCCAGGCAGCUACAGCCAGGACUCACGACACCGGCUCUGAGCCACCCUGCCCCGUUUCAUCCUCCAACCCUGAGCCACAGAGCCACCGAGCCAAGAUGGCUUCUGUCCAGAAUUGUAUACAUCUUCCAUUACAUUUUCGUUUUGUUAGGAUCUCUUGAGUUACAAAGUAGAAACUGUUUAACCCCUCCUGAACCUUCGCCAUCUGACCAAAGCCUGCAUUUCCGUCUGCUUAUACAAGGCUCAUCUUGUCUGCCUGGGAAAAGGAAACUUUUCUAAAUGAAACGUUACAGCUGUUAUGCUUUCACAUGUUAAUAUGCUUGUUGAUUUUUAGUUUUUUGUCGAUUGUGUUGCAAAAGGGCAGGUUUUACUUCUACCAAGCAACCAUUUAACUUAAAAACGAAUGAUUAGUUGCUCCUUAAAAGCAAAUAUUCUGUGAAGCUAGCAAUGGCCGAGAAUUAGACAGUUGUAAAGGGUCCCUGAGAACUGAACAAGGAGCUCAGUUAGUCUUUGUCAUUAUUGCCAGCAUGUUACCUGGCCGCAUGCUUCCCCUGUCAUUAGUGCAAACCUUGAGCAGACAUAGGAUGAUGCUCUGAUCUUUGCCAUAAGCAAGCCCAGAGAAAGUGGCUGACGAACUGGAACAUUUCAAUAACUUAACACAGACCUACUGCCAGCUGUCUUUUCUUACAGAAACAGAAUCUUGAAUAUAAUUAUCUUGGAUUUUUCCAAAGCCUCGAAAUCCCAGGCGGUGGAAUUUCCACAUAACUUCUACCGUAAACAGCAGGAAUCUUAAAUUCAGCCACAGCCAGCCAAUCAUCUGUGCAGGUUAGCAUGGUGCACUAGCAUCUAGCCCAUGGUCUCAUUUCUUACAAGGCAUUAUUUUCUAGUAAAGAAGACCGCUUAAAGAAAUGCCUAACAUAGGAAUGCUGAACAAAAGUGUUGCUGUGAUCUACUCCUCAAUAGAGUUAACAAGCAUUGACAUCUUAUAAUUAGUUUUCAUCAUUUAGAAGCUGGAAUUUAGGCACUUUUGGUACAUUGUAAUUUAAAUAGCUCUCAAGGGUGCUCUAUUAAAAAAAUAAUAUUUUUCUCAGCACUAUGUGUAACUCAAGUAUGAACGGGUAGAUUUAGUUCUGAUUCUUUAGGAGUGACAGGCACCCUGCCCUCCACCCUACCAACUGGAGCUGCUGCCAUCUGGUCCACCUCUGCAGACAUGCAGUGAUCUCCGGGGUGGCUCGCCACAUCUCAAAAGUUACAGACUAAACCGACCGCCGAAGUGUUGUUCUUCUACUACUUAUACGUUUUCAGUGUGAAAGGGACUGGCAGAGGACGAAUAGAUCCUCAACAUAUGGAAGAAGUUCAGACCUGGACCUGAAACUUACAGACCCAAGGCCUUGGCACACCAUGAUUUUCCUUGGCUGCAUAUUCUCGCCUUCUUGAUUUAUGCUAGUUUGUGCAUUUUCAAAAGAAUAAAUUUUAAAGAAAAAAAUCAACUCGGGAAAACUGAGAACCGCAACGAGUACAUUCUGUAUGCAUUUGUCUAUUCGCAUGCUUCUAUGUUAAUUAUAUAAUGAAGAUGAAUGAACAUGAGGAAUUUGGCAGUCGAUGCCCAUUUGACAAAAAAAAAAAAAUCUUCUAUGAAUUUGCUGCCUGAGACAAUCAGAUGGAACUUCUCUGUAAAACCGGAACGUUGUUCAUCCCUUCCCAUCAUCCUGCCCUCUCCCAUUUCACACCAGCUUCAUCUGAGCUCCAGAUAAAAGAAUAAAAAGCUGUCAAUUUUUCCUUUUUUUUUCGUGAAAGUUGAAAAUUAAAGAUGGAAAUGCAAAAUCGCAUGCAUAUCAUUUUAAUUUAUAACAAAUUUGAAAGAAAAAAAUUGUUUUAUGGAAUAUAAUUGUGUAAAAGGCAAAUCAAGCAGUAUUUAAGUUCUUUUACAAAAAAGAAAAGAAGAAAAAAUAAAUGGUCAUUUUGAAA